CAGGGAUGACCCCUUUCACUGUAGCACGUUGGUACGGUCGCGUAUAUAAAGAGCCGAAGCAUCUGACGAAGAAGCACAAGUACCAACCCAUCUGCAUCCCAAGCUCCCCGACCGGUGUCUGUGUGACCGAGAGAGAUUAUGUACACUAUUAAGGUGUUGGUGGGCCUCGUACUCUGUACGGCAGGAACCUUUGGCGCACCUCAACGACCAUCGGGUGGCGCUGACAAGGAUGCGGUGAUUACGUCUCAACAACUCGAAGUCAAUUUCGAUGGCAAUUACGUAAAUAACUUUGAAACGAGCAACGGCAUCAGUCAUCAGGAAUCCGGUCAACCUAAACAAGUGGAUAACGAGACUCCAGUAGUUUCCCAGGGUUCGGACUCCUAUACGGCGCCGGAUGGACAACAGGUCAGCAUCACGUACGUUGCCGAUGAAAAUGGAUUCCAGGUUCAAGGUUCACACAUCCCAACGGCACCUCCAAUCCCUCCGGAGAUUCAAAGGGCGCUCGAAUGGAACGCGGCUCACCCUGAGGAGGACGAUGGUGGUCAAGGAAGACCGAACCCGAGAGGUUAAACAGCCAAACUUUACCUCAAACGUGACCUGAUUCCAAGCCAGCUUGCCAUGGAUAGAACCGACCCCGAACUACCGAUGCAAACCAUAAAAAUAAAUAUAGUGUGGUAUAUUAAUCUAGGAUACACGUAACCGAAGCAAAAAGGCAUUGAAAUCGGUAUAUAAUAACUAUAUACUUCCGCGAGAUUCUUUAUAUUUUAUUUGUAUAGAAGUAUGAAGAAGAAAAAAAAUAUUUAAAAAACAAAAAAAAAACAAAAAAAAAAAAGAAAAUAACACGUUCUAUGAAUAAUAAUAUCGCACCGUUCAGCAAUUCACGAAGGAUCGUUACCGAGUUGCUUCUCGACCACGCAGCAAUCUCUCGUACGCGUGUCAUAGUCGAUGCAGUGCAUCGAUCCACCCUGAUGCGCGUAUCGAGCGUGCUUAGUAUAUAGAUUAUUAUAUAUAUAUAUAAUAUAUAUAAAUAUAUAUACUUAACUUGUGAUUUUUGUAUAUAAAUAAAAAGAAUACAUUCUGCCGAA